GGAGCCCAUGUGUAUGUUAUGUGUGUGGUCUACACUCAUCUCUCCAUUUGCAUUCACUAACAAUAAGAACCUCACAAACACAAACACAUUAAAAACCAAACCCUUUCACUUUGCUCUUCCACAGUCCACACAUAAUAAAAGCCAUGUUGAGCCACACCAACACCAGCAGCGACCAAGAAGAUGAACACGUCACCGACAUCAGGGAAAUCCACGCCCUGACCCCGCCGCGCCCUCCGCCGCCACGUGGUCGCUGGGAAACGCUCCACAGCCACCGCUCCUCCUCUCUCUCCGAAGGCGCCUCCUCCAGCGACAACUUCACCUCCAUGAGCCGGGAAUUCAACGCCUUGGUCCUCGCGGGCUCCAACAUCGACCACGACAACAACGUUGUCAGUCCCAUCAACGACGGAACCAACGCCGCCAACAACAACUUGACGAGGAUCAGAGAGGAGGAGUUGAUGGAAGAGAGCAACCCUUUGGCCAUCGUACCCGAUAGCCACCCUCUGGAGCCGCUUCCGUCGUCCCACGCUGGUGGUGGGACACGUGGCGCCGAGGAACACGUGUCGGUGCAGAGGGUGAAGAAGGAGGAGGUGGAUGCCAAGAUAUCGGCAUGGCAGAACGCCAAGGUUGCUAAGGUUAACAACAGGUUCAAGAGAGAAGACGCUGUCAUCAAUGGGUGGGAGAGCGAGCAGGUUCAGAAAGCUUCCUCGUGGAUGAAGAAAGUCGAGAGGAAGCUGGAGGAGAAAAGGGCAAGAGCGAUGGAGAAAAUGCAAAACGACAUAGCAAAAGCUCAUAGAAAAGCAGAGGAGAGAAGAGCAUCAGCAGAGGCAAAAAGGGGAACCAAAGUGGCAAGGGUUUUGGAGAUUGCUAGUCUCAUGAGAGCAGUUGGAAGACCACCUUCCAAAAAAUCCUUCUUCUAAGCUUGUUUAAUAUUUCAUAUUUUGAAACCCCAUUUGAAACAAUUUUUAGACAUAAAGGAAAAAAGAUCGAGAGAAUAUUAGUUAUGGGCAUAAGAGAUGCCAUAGCCUAUAUAAGAGCCCCUUUUCUUUUUUUUAAUUAGCCAAAGGGUGCGAGAUGGAUUGAAGUGAGAAGCACUAUGAAAAAAGGAAAAAUAAAUGAAGUUGAGGAAAUAUGUGAGAAGCAAUUGGAGUGUUUUUAAGUGAUUAUUGAAGUGUCUAAAUGUGAUGAUGAGUGGUGACACGUACGUUAUUUGAUUGUGCUGGUUAAUAAAUACUUUUGUGGUUUCACUUUGUACAUUAAUAAUAUAUUGCUUCUUUGAA